UGCAGGCAAACAAUCAGAGAACGAACGUGUUGCUGAAUGUAACCGAGUCGAAAGCAAAGCUCCGGCGCCAGACGAAGCAACCGGAGCUAGGGACUUCUUCCAGCCGGGCGCAAUCUCUAGCUGAUUAGUUGGCACCGCGAGCUGAGCAGCAGCGGAUCGUUUUUGUCCAAGGAAUUCGCAUAGAAGCAACAUGGUAGAAGUAGGGCAAGCGCAGAUUGAGGAGUUGUACAACUUCGUCUAUCCCCUGGCCAUCAAGGCGGGCGAGAUCCUCAUGGAGGGCUAUGAGAUGGCCCGCAAAAACGUCUCCAUCAAGGGCGACUUCUACGAUGUGGUCACCGACUACGACAACAAGAUAGAAGACUUUCUCAUGGAGAAAAUAUUGGCCAGCUAUCCCGGGCACAAGUUCAUUGGCGAGGAGGCGACAGCCAAGAACAACAAUGUGUCUGGCGAACUGACGGAUGCUCCCACCUGGAUCAUAGACCCCAUUGAUGGCACCUCGAACUUCAUCAAGCAGAUUCCGCACGUUUGCGUUUCGAUUGGUUUGGCCAUCAACAAAAAAAUCGUGGUGGGGGUGAUCAACAAUCCUGUCCAGAAGAAGCUCUUCACCACGAAAUUGGGCCAAGGAGCCUUUUGCAAUGGCAAGCCCAUCCAUGUGAGCAGCUGCGAGAGCGUCAAGGAUGCCAAUGUGGCCUACGAGGUGUCCCUGCUGCACGUCCACUCGGUGGCCAACAAGCACAUCAAGAGGAUCUACCAUGUGGGGUUAAAUGCGAGACGACUUGUGGCCUACUCCUGUGUGGUGGACGAGCUCUGCAUGGUGGCUGCUGGCAACCUGGACGCCUUCUACAUCGAGGACAUGUAUCCCUGGGACUGCGCCGCCGGUUCCCUGCUGGUGGCGGAGGCGGGGGGCGUGGUAACGCACCCUUUUGGCGGACCCUUCGACAUAAUGAAGCCGGAUCUCAUCUGCGCCGGAACGGAGAAGUUGCGCAAAGAGAUCGAGGACCUGUUGCGCAAGGCCGACCAGGAGGAGUCGGUGGGGGGCAAGCCAGUGCAGAAGUAAUUAAGACCAGACGAAGCCAAAAGUUUAUUAAGUAAACUCUUGGCAGAAACGAUCCAAAUUAAAAAGCUUGGGUUCUGCUGAACCAUUACUCUAUCUUUGGAAGCUUUGCGAACGGAAGCUUUUAGAUAUCAUCCCCCACUCUGAUCGCCGGCAGCUGGUGGACACGACACACAAAAAAGGCGGGAAAGCAAGUAACUCUCAGUUCUGCCUCUCAAAAACAAUCUUUUAUGAUGAAGUAUUUUGUUACCAUAGUUUUAGGCCUUAAGCUGCCAAAUAAAUAAAAGUAACAUGAAGAUGAUCUAAAA